AUGCCUGUGAAAUUAGACGCAAUUAUUUUUGGCGCAACCGGCUUUACUGGCCAAAUUGCGGUGGAAAAGGCACCAGAAGUGCUGCAGGGUCUCACUUGGGGUGUGGCAGGUCGUAAUAAGAGCAAGCUGGAGAAUGUGCUGAGCACUGCGGGUCAGAAAAUUGGCAAAGAUCUCAGCGCCGUGCCGAUUAUAUUGGCCGAUGUGGACGAUCGCCCAUCGAUCGAGGCGAUGGCAGCAAAAUGCAAGGUCGUUAUCAAUUGUUGUGGCCCAUAUCGUUUCUACGGCGAAGUGGUUGUGAAGGCCUGCAUUGAAGCCGGCACUCAUCAUGUGGAUAUUAGCGGAGAGCCGCAAUAUAUCAAGGGCAUGCGUUUGAAGUAUCAUGACUUGGCGCAAAAGCAGCACACUUAUGUAAUAUCUACUUGCGCUUUUGAUAGUAUACCUGCUGAAAUGGGUGUAGUGCAUGCAGAAAAAAAUUUCCCAGGUACUGUGAACACAUGCGAAUUGUUUUGGGAGAACAUACUCGAUUAUCGCGACAAAACCUCUAAAGCUGUGCUACAUGCCGGCACUUGGGAGAGCGCCGUACAUGCAUUUGCUAAUUCCGGUGAAGUGAAAACAUUGAAGCGUCUACUGGAGACGGAGAAGUUGCCAGAUUUACGGCCAAAGCUAAAGUACUGGCCAUUCGCGCGCAAAGUUGAAUUUCUCGAUCGAUAUUUCUUCCCCAUACACGCCGCUGAUCGUGAUAUCGUGAUGGAUACUCAGCGCCUGCGCUAUCUGAAUGAAAAUAAGCGCCCAAUACAGUUCGAAAAUUAUAUUGGUUUCCGCUCCCUAUGGACGACCAUUUUGACACAAAUGUUGUUAAUAUUCACCGUUAUAAUGGCGCAAAUUCCCGGUUUACGUCAAAUACUAUUAAAAAAUCCGAAAUUCUUCACCAGAGGUCUUAUGUCACACGAAGGCCCCGUCGAGGUAAAUCGUGCUGCACAACGCUUUCAAAUGACAUUCCGCACUAGAGGCUGGACCGAAGGUCAGCGAUUGACUGAGGAGCCGAAACAAGAGCUUUUGACGCGACUCUCAAGUUUCGAUCCGUUUUAUGGCAUGACAUGUUUGUCGGUCUUGGCUACAGCCAAAAUUGUACUCAAGGAGCACGAUAAAAUGCCAAACGAUGGUGGUGUCAUUCCGCCCGGUUAUGCCUUUGCCAACACAAGUCUCAUUGAAGAGUUGGGUCGCCAGAAGAAUGGCUUGAAAUUCGAAGUAUUGAAGUUGGAACAACAAUGAUUUUAUAAAGCAGAUAUUUGCACUUAACUUGGGUUUUGGAAGUUAUAUAUUUUCUUGUAAUAUUUUUAAAUCUGUUUGAAACAUACUUUUUGCAACAAAAAUGCUCUAAUAAAAAUUGU